UUAAACUACUUUAGUGUGUACUUCAACCACGGUUAUGGGUUAUAAUACGUAUCUCCAAAUAUACAUUAAUGUAAUGAGUACACAUGUGAUUUUCAUGGAAGCAAAAAUAUUUCAUGUGCAUUAAAUAGCUGUGUCGUCUUUAUUUUUAAAUGUGCAGUGAAUAUUAUACCAAAGUUUUUUUUUAAUUAAAUAAUUUAAAUAUUUAUUUAAAAUGAAGAAUCCAGUAUUAAAAAUGUUUUUUAAACACGAUAACGCUAGUAAUAGAAGCGAGUGCAAUUUAUGUAAAAAAUUUAUUACGGGUAAGCAUUCAUCUAACUUAGAGAAACAUGUAUUUGCGCAUCACAAAUUGCAAUAUGCAGAUCUAAUUAAAGCCAAAAAUAAACUAAAACAAACAAUAGAAAACUUAGAUGCAGAAACAUCACUAACAAAUAAAGAUAUAGAGGGAGAUAUUACUAAAGAUUUGAAAAACCGUAUGGUAUCAUUAAAAAUUGAUGGUGUUUCACAGCAUAGCCGAUCUUUUCUAUGCAUUAAUGUUCAAUACAUGUCUUGUGAUUCAAUGCAGUUGCAAAUAAAAACAUUAAGUAUUUCUGAAGUAUUAGGUGGUCAUACAGCAGAAAAUCUUAAGUUAAUGGUAUUUGAUGUCCUCAAUAAAUAUGGAUUAAAUAAAAACCAAAUAUAUUCUAUAACAAUUGACAAUGCUCGAAAUAUGAUUAAAUUGACUGAUUUAAUAGCUGAGCACGAGGAAAACGUUGACAAUGAAAACAUUGAAGAUCUAAUUGUAGAAAAUGAACCCAGUAAUUUUGAAGAUGAAGAAACAACUUUAUUAGUUAGGUGUGCAGCUCACACAUUAAACCUUUGCAUUGAAGAUGGGCUUAAAAUUCCAGUUAUUCAACAAGUUUUAAGUCGUGCAAGACAUGUAGUAAAAAAAUUAAGGACCCCAACUAAUGCUGGAUUAUUAAAACGAAAUAACUUGAAACUGGCAAUAAUUGAUGUUGACACAAGAUGGUCAUCUACAUAUGAUAUGCUUGAAAGACUUUUAAAAUUGAAAAGUUUUUGUCAAGAGUACGAAGAAACAAUGCCAGAUUUAAAAGUAUCUAGAGAAGAUUGGGAUAAAAUAGCUUCUAUGGUUAUAUCUCUUGAGCCUUCUAAAAUUGGAAUUGUCAUGUUGCAAAGAAGGGAUAUAAUUAUGGGAGACUUUUUUGCUUGUUGGUGGAACAUUAUGGCUAAAUUAGAAAUUAUUAAUACUAGUUUGAGUAUUGCUAUAAAAAAUUCUAUGAAGAUAAGAGGAAAAAAUUUACUAGAAAAUCCAAUUUUUUUUGGCUGCAAACUAUUUAGAUCCUAGAUUUCAAAGUACUUUAUCAGAAGAUAAUAAAAUUGAAGCAAAAUCUCAUUUAAUAAAAACUUGGAAUACUAUGGAAAACCUGACUUCACAAGAUUCAGAAAUGAAUGAAAACAAUAUAUCUGACAUAGAAACAAACAAUUUUGAAAAUGUUGAUGAUCCACUUGAACAGUUUUUAAAAUCACAAAGUGGAACUACAACUAAUUUAACACCUCUACCUGGAAGCGACAAAUGUUCUAUUAGAGUUUUAAUUGUAGAAUUUGAUAAUAGUUGUAGAUUACAUCAUAAAACUGAUAUUAAACAAUUUUGGUUAAAUGCAAAGAAGCCAGAAUUAUUUAAGUUAGCGCAAGUUGCAAUGGCUGUUCCAUGCACACAGGUUACAGUAGAAAGAACUUUUUCUGGUUCGAAGUAUGUGUGUAAUGAUUUAAGGACAUCAAUUUCAUCAUCAUUGCUUGAUGAAAUUAUGAUUAUUAGAGGCAACCAAAAAAUAUUUCAGAAAGCUUGUAAAUAAAAAAUCUGUUUAUAAUAAAUAAAAGUAAAUGAGUUUU